CGAGAUCUCCUGACCGCCAUUUCCGCGGCUCAGCCUUUGCAACCGAGAUCUCGCCUUCAGCCUUGACCCCCUCGGCGAGUUUUGCUUUCGUGCUGCAUCGUUGGUUGCACUGCCGUGCUCGUGAGACAAGACGCUCGUGUCCCAGCACAGGUGCGCCUUCAGCCAGGCAGCACGCAGGCAGGCAGCCAGGCCACUGGGUUGCCCUUGAUCGCUAUGCGUGUGUAAUGUGGCUGUUGUUGCGUGGGUGAGUGAUGUGCAGGUUUGCACGAAACUUGUCUGGCGUGGCUCGGCUCGGCCUGAUCUGGCGGCCCUCUGUCUGUCGUCUGCACUGAGUCAUGCCGACCGACUUCUUGUCGGAGGAGUACCUGGUGUCCUUCCGGACUCAGCUGUGUCCCGACCGAAAGCGGGGCUGCACCAAGGGAGACAAGUGCCGCUUCUCACACGCGACCGACUGGAUGUAAGGGCGCGACGCUGCAGCGCAACAGGGAGGCAGGCAGAGAGGAGGGGGAUGAUUACUGAGGGAGCUGGCGCGGGAUGUGUUGUGUGUGCCUGUCUCUCUAUGUGUGCCUGCCUGCCUGCCUGCAUGCAUGUAGCCGUCGUCGUGCCUUCUACCACGGUUCUCGGGAGAAGAUCAAGUACUGCCACCAGCUGUGCGAGUUCGUGGCGCUAGUCAAUGGACGACCGCACAACGGAUGUGACAGAGGUACGUGACCCUGUGGGAGGGAGAAGGGUACGUAUGCGCGUCUGCUUCUGCGUGUGUUGUGUCAGGAUCCAACUGUCCGUUCUCCCACUCGGUCGAGGAGCUGGAGUACCACCCGCUCCGCUACAAGACCACGCUGUGCCCGAUGUUCCACCAGACUGGACUGUGCCUGCGGCCAUACUGCCCCAACAUACACGGCAUCGCCGAAGAGAGAAAGGGUACGUAACGUCAGAUGCACACACACAGUGUCGGCGGGGGAGGCAUCUACACAUGUGGCUGUGGCUGUGUGUGUGUGCAGACAAGAGAUACUUCAUGAUCGGGAAGCACCUCCGCAAUGACAGGGUGACGCUCCCCCCUCACCUCACCGGCAUCACAGUCAUCGAGUCCGACGCCGAGCUCCCCAACCACAAUGAAAAUGCCAACAACCCCACCAAUACCAGCACCCGGAGCAACACAAACGACCCCGCCCUCAUCAAGACCAGCCCUUUCACCGACCGCCGCCCACCUCCCCCCCUCUCCCUCUCCCCCUCCCCAUCCACGACGAGCAACCAAUCGGACCUGGCCAAGCUGCGCUCCCCCACUGUCUCCACCAACACGACCAAGAUCCCCGCCCCCCCACGCACACUCCCACCGCCUUCGCUCCCCCACAACCACCAGAAGAGCAGCACCGGCAGCAACAACAGCAGCAGCAGCUUCCCCACCAAGCAGCACCCGGCUGAUGGCGCGGCCGGGCGCAUCGAGACCCGCGCAUCUCUCGAGGCCAACCUGCGAGCUCGCCUCGGCCCUCUGGCGGACGAGAAGGACGCUGAGGAGAUGACCAACGGCAUGGUCACGGCCCUCGGCCAUGAGUGCCGAUCGACCUCGGGCUCCCCCCCACCCCCUCCCCCGCCCCCCACACACGACCCCGAGGACUGCAUCAAGGUGCCCCCACCGCCACCCCAGCAGCAGCAGCGUCCACAUCAGCAGCGUGAUCGCUCGACGGUCGUGGCUGAGAAGGCGCUGAUGCACGCGGACAGGUUGGCGGAUUUGGUGCACUCGGAGGAGUUCCUGGAGGUGAGCGCCGACGCGGUCAAGCAGGCGGUGUGCACGGAGGUGUUCAAGAAGGUGGCCGAGGUGUGUCUCACCGUCAUGGAGGCGGGCGAGGACGCCAGCGACUUGAUGCACCUCCUCAUCGACAUGAGCGACCCCGAGGUAGGUGCCCUGCACACACACACACACACACAGAGAGAGAGAGAGACCCGUCGUGACGCCCAUUUUCUGCCUCUGUGUGUGUGUGUGUGUGGUUUGUCUAUGUCAGGUGCACUCGCUGGCCCACAGUUUGCACACCACCCUGGCACACACAUUCGGCUACGUCCCCAACACCCCCCCGCCGCUCACUACCAGUACCACCACCACCCACACCCCUACGACCCAUCAGCAGCAGCAGGGCAGUCCCCCCAGCCCCCCGACGUACCAGGAGUACCACCUCUUCGGCGAUGCCGUCACGCCCAACCGCUCGCUCACCCUGACAACACGCACUAUCGGCGGGCCGGCCUUCACUCUGGGCGGCAGCGAGAGGGAGGGGGAGGGGGAGGGUCAGGGGGGCCGACAGAACGGGAAUGGGGACAGGGCGGGCAGCCAGGGCCACAGGGACGGGAGUUUCUUGUGAGGGAGAUGUGAUGUGGCUGUGUCUGCGUGUGAGGUGUGGCGCGAGUAUCUCGAGAGUGCUGAGAGGGCGGUGUGGUGCCAUUUCUCUUCUCUCUCCGUGUCUGUGCUGUGCUGUGUGUCUCUCUGUGUGGGCGCAUCUGCGUGAAAGGUUUGCCGAGAGAGAGAGAGAGAGAGAGAGAGUCUGUGUGAUGUGACAAGACAGGUCAAAUAUAUGGAUGUCCGUCUGUGUGUCUGUGUCUGUCUGUCUGUCUGUCUGCGUGGGAUCGCCUGUGUGUUCCUCUCGACGUGUGUGUGACUGACUGACUGACUGACUAUUGAUGGCAUCUACUGCGUAAUUGCGUAAUUCGCUGCCUGACUAGAGCGAGAGGAAGGCGCUAGCAGCUCGUUCGUUCCUACCGGGAUGGAAUGAGCAAUGAGGAAAGAGACCACAUAGCCGUGCUGGCUGCUACCGACUGGGGGCCAUGGAUGAGUAGGGAGGGCUAUCCGUAAGGGCCGUAUUGUAUGCCUAAGACGACGCCCAGAGAGAGAGAGAGAGAGAGAGACUAAGCACUGUUCUGGUCACAAUCGAUUGCAUCUUCCUGCCUGUCCGUCCGUCCGUCCGUCCGUCCGUCCGUCCACUUUUUUCGUCGUCACGCCUCCUUUGCGCAC